GAUGGGUUGGCGGAGGCGCUCCUCUGCAGCAGUGUGAUCUGAACCAGUGACGCGCGGUGGGAGCCCUACCAUCAGGAGCAGAAUGAGUGCCUUGAAGAGCUUUCCUGAGAUUGACGAAGAAUUGUACUCUCGCCAGCUCUAUGUGCUGGGCCAUGAGGCCAUGCAGAGGAUGGCUACAACUGACGUGCUGGUCUCUGGAAUGAAGGGCCUGGGAGUGGAGAUUGCCAAGAACAUUAUUCUUGCAGGAGUGAAAUCUGUCACUGUCCAUGACCAGAAUGAUGCUCAAUGGAAUGACCUUUCCUCACAGUUCUAUCUGUCAGAAGAUGAUGUGGGGAAAAACCGAGCUGAGGUCUCCCAGCGCCAUCUUGCAAAGUUGAACCACUAUGUCCGUGUGAUAGCCAAUACCAAUGGGCUGACUGAAUGCUUCUUGUCUAAUUUUCAGGUUGUGGUCCUGACCGACUCACCCUUGGAGGAACAGCUGCGCAUUAACGAUUUCUGCCACGCCAAUAGCAUCUGCUUUGUCCUCGCUGACACAAAGGGCCUGACAGGACAGCUUUUCUGUGACUUUGGAGAACACUUCACAGUGUACCAACCUUCGGAGGCUGAACCUGUCUCUGCUGCUAUUCACCACAUCACUCAGGGUAACCCAGGAGUAUUGACAGUGGCCUGUGAUGAUAAACAGGGACAGUGCCACAAAUUUGAAAAUGGCGACUGGGUGACAUUCUCAGAGGUUGAGGGGAUGACUCAGCUAAAUGGUUCUGAGGCCGGCCCAAUCCGUGAGAAAGAAAAAUACAGCUUGGAAGUUGGAGACACGUCUUCCUUUUCUCCAUACAAGUGUGGUGGGAUCAUCACUCAAGUCAUGAAGCCUCAAAAUCAUUCCUAUAAGUCCCUGCGUGCCUCCAGGGCUGAUCCGAAGAUCAAGACACCAUGUGGUGCUAAACUACCUCGCUUUCACACUCUCCACGCAGCCUUCUGUGCACUGCAUGUCUUCCGGAGUGAGUUGUGGCGACUUCCUAGGCCCAGAGAUGAGGCAAACGCAGACAAGAUGGUGGAGCUGGCGCAGACCCUCUACGUGGGUCGGGAGGCACUUCAAGAGGAUCUGGUACGGACAUUUGCUUAUGGAUGUGCUGGUGACCUGAGCCCUAUCAAUUCCUUCAUUGGAGGCGUAGCUGCCCAAGAGGUGCUGAAGGCUGCCUCAGGGAAGUUCACCCCGCUGGACCAGUGGCUGUACUUUGAUGCCUUUGAGUGCCUGCCUGAAGAGGAGCAGCUGACGGCAGAAGACUGUGCUCCGCAUGGCAGCCGCUACGAUGGGCAGAUUGCCGUCUUUGGAGCUGACUUCCAGGAACGGCUGGGGAAGCAGAAAUACUUCGUGGUGGGAGCCGGUGCCAUUGGCUGUGAGCUCUUGAAGAAUUUUGCAAUGAUUGGCUUAGCUGCUGGUCAGGGUGGGAACAUCACCGUGACAGACAUGGACACCAUCGAAAAAUCCAACCUCAACAGGCAGUUCCUCUUUCGACCGCGCGAUGUGUCUCAGCCGAAGUCAGAGGUGGCAACAACUGCCAUAAAACUCAUGAACCCCAACAUCAAUGUGACAGCUCAGCAGCAGCAUGUUGGGCCAGACACGGAGCGCGUCUAUGGGGAUGACUUCUUCCUUGGCUUGGAUGGGGUAGUCAGUGCCCUGGACAACUGGCAGGCCAGAGAGUAUGUCGACCAGAGGUGUGUGCAGUGCCUCAAGCCUCUGCUUGAUUCUGGAACGGAGGGCACCAUAGGGCACGUCCAGGUCUGUGUGCCCUUUCUGACGGAUGCGUAUGGCCCAGCUCAGGAUGAGGAUGAGAAGUACGCUUUUUGCACCUUGCGCCAUUUCCCCAGCGCCAUCCAGCACACGAUACAGUGGGCCAGAGAUAAGUUUGAGGGGCUUUUCAAAACGACAGCAGAGAAUGUCAACAAAUUCCUGGCGGAUCCCAGCUUCCUAGAGACCCAAGAAAUGGAGGCUUUGGAGAUGCUGGAGCUUGUGAAAAUCAGCCUUCAGGAGAAGCCGCACAGCUGGGAAGACUGUGUGGCCUGGGCCUGGAGACUUUGGGAGCGCCUUUUCUCCCAUGAUAUCCAGCAGCUGCUGCACAACUUCCCACCUGAACACGAGACAAGCCCUGGACAACCUUUCUGGUCGAAUCUCAAGCGAUGCCCACACCAGCUGGAUUUUGACUGCAAAAAUACCACCCACACGACCUUCAUUUUGGCUGCCAGUCGCCUCUUUGCCCAAACGCACAAGCUGCGUGUGAAGGAGGAUGAAGAGCUUGCCCGCCAAAUCCUCCUCGAUUUGCAUCUAACACCUUUCCAGCCAUGCCAAGGAGUGCAUAUUCCCGUCAAUGACCAAGAGGUGGAGAAGCCAUGGGGCGCUCGUGAUCAGAUGAGGCUGGCUGCACUGAGGGAGGAAUUGACAGAGCAAAGGCAAGAGCUGGGAAAACGCAGUGCCCUCGUCUCUGGUCAGAUGGAGCCCAUUCACUUUGAUAAGGAUGACGACUCCCACUUGGACUUCGUCAUGACUGCAGCCAAUCUACGAGCUGACAACUAUGGCAUCCGUCCUGCUGAUAAACUCCAGGCCAAGAAGAUCGUGGGCAGGAUCGUGCCUGCCAUUGCCACGACGACAGCAGCUGUAGCUGGCCUGGUGUGCCUGGAACUUUACAAGCUGGUGUGGCCACACAGGCAUCUCAGUUGCUAUCGCUGGAGCAACCUGCAGCUCUGGGAGCCCUUGCUCUCUCGCUUCCAGCCGAGGUCGCCUAAAACAGCAUACAAGUAUCACAAGAAGACAUGGAGCUGCUGGGAUAGAAUUGAGGUGCCAGGUUUGGAUGCCGAUGGAGAGGAGAUCACCCUGAGGGACCUCUGUGAUCAUAUCCAGAGGGAGCACUGCCUGGUGCCAAGGAUGCUACUCUAUGGGAAAGCUAUUCUCUAUGCUGGAUAUGAGAAAGAAGAGUUAAGAGAGCAGCAGCUUUCCUCCAGGCUGACAGAACAGAUUCGCAUAACCACGGGAGAGUCAGUGUCUGAGAAGCACCAGUUCUUGGUGUUGUCAAUGGUCUGUGAAGAUGAAGACAAUAAUUUACCACCUGUUCAUGUCUGGCUCCAACCAAUGAAUUGUGAAAAAUGAGGUGUGUGGUUGGUGUGCAUGUGUGUGUGAGAGAGAAAUAUAAAAUGGAUAAUACUAACCCUAAACCAGACCCAAAUUGAAUGUGGCAGGCCCAACUCUAUUCGAAGCAGGAAUUCACUCUGCUUUGAUGAAGGCAGUGAUGCCACACACUGGACCAGUUUGUAUUAUCGCUCUGGGUUAAACAAGCCAUGGUGUCUUGUUUAAGCCGUGGCACAUGCUGGGCACCGAACCUGGGUGGGUUUGAACCUGAGUGACAUGGUUUUUUGGAGGGGGAAACAACCCUAAAAUAACCCAUGGGAAGUUAUUGGGUUAUUUGAAUGUUGCUCUCAACCCCCCACCCCACAACAAGCCAUGUUGCCCAGAUUCUGACGGUACAACAAGCUGCACCUGGGCAGGUGAUUAGGCAAAUGGUGCCCAGCAUGUACUGUGGUUUAAACCCCAUGGCUUGUUUAACCCAAGACGAUAGUGUGAACCAGGUCCAUGCUAUAAAGUGCUACAUGGAAUCAUACAGUUGAAAGAUACCUUAGAGGUUAUCUAGUCCAACUCCCUGCUCAGUGCAAGAUCUGUAAUUCAGAAUGCAGCUACAGACUCUGCUUAGACACCUGCAGCAAAGGAGAGCCCAUCACCUCCUGAGGCAGUCUGUCCAACUGCUGCACUCCUCUUACCUUUAGGAAGUUUCUCCUAAUGUUUGGCUAAAAUCUGCUGCCCUGCAAUUUCCACCCCUGCUUCUAGUCUUCAGGCCCUUGGAAACCAUAGAUAACAAGUCUGCUCCAUCUUCUGCAUCACAGUCCUUCAUAUCCUUCUGUGAACGACCCAGAGAGCUUCAGCUAUUGGGCGGUAUAAAAAUGCAAUCAGUCAAUAUCUUUGAAGACAAGUUAUCAUGUCUCCCCUUAAUCUUUUCUUCUCCAGGCUAAACACACCCCACUCUUUCCACCAUUCCUCAUAAGACUUGGUUUUCAGACCUUUCAACGCUCUGGUUGUAAUAAACAUACAUUUGUCCCUA